GGUAUUCUGAGGAAGAAUUUUGACAUCGAUAUACUAUUUAUCCUUAACGAUAAUAGCAAUUGAUGGUGUCAAUAUGACGAGCAUGACCCCUGCAAGGAAAUUUGAUCUGACAUCUGAAGAGAGAGUGAUGCUACAGGUAGCUGCUUCAGGUGAUGUGCAAGAGGCCACCCAGCUCCUCAGCAAUCAAAGCUUGCGUGUUAACUUUCUGGAUGAGGUAAUGCAGAAAUAACAGAAAUGAUUUUAGAUGCUGGAGCAGAGACGGAUCUGGUCAACUCUGUGGGACGGACUGCUGCUCAGAUGGCUGCCUUUGUGGAUGAGUGAUUCAUUUGCAUACACACAUUUACUACUUUCUAAUUAAUAAAUAAUCUUAAUCUUUCUGCCCUGUGCGGGUCAGCAUGACUGUGUGACAGUAAUCAACAAUUUAUUUUCUCGUGUGAGGCUGGAUUACUACACCAAAUCCAGGGCUCAGAGAUUGAAACUAAACUACCCCCCAAACUAGCAGGACCCCUACACAAAAUCAUCAUGACUACUAACCUCAAUCCUGUCAAGAUGGUGAUGCUGGUGAAGGAGGACCCCUUAUUGAUGGAUGUGAUUGCACUGGAGAAGGGCUACCGUGUGAUGGAUCUGCUCUGUGAGCAGUGUGUGAAACUGCAGGAUAUGAAUGAGGUACUGGCCAUGAAGUUGCACUACAUCAGCUGCGUGCUACAGAAGUGUCUGGCCUUCCUGCAGGAACGUGAUGAAAACCUGGAUGCCCUGUUGAAGAGCCUUCUGAAAGGAAGAGACAGUGAUGGCUUCCCUCAGUACCUGGAGAAAUUCAUUCAUGAUUGUAUCCGGAAGUUUCCCUAUUGCGAAGCAACACUGCUGCAACAGCUGGUCCGAAGUAUAGCGCCUGUGGGGAACGACCCCACAGUCUUCUCGGUUCUGACCCAGGCACCGACAGCCCAGAUGGUGCUUAUGGACACUGAGUACUGUGAUGCAUGUGGAGAGAAGUGCUCCUUCUGUAAAAUGGUGGUUUACUGUGGGCCGACGUGUCAGAGGCUGUACUGGUUCACUCAUAAGAGGCAGCGCAAAACUCCUGUGUCACAGAGAGGCAGCCGCCAACCCAAACUGAGAGAACUCUCUAGCCAUGGCAUGUCUCAGCCGAGAGCAGUAUGAGGAUAUGAACAAACCUG